CGUGUGUUUGAUAGAGUGACCGCCAUCAUCUUUUUUUUUUUUUUUCGGUGUGAGCUCCUUUUUCCCAACAGCCAAACCCCUCUCUUCAGUGUGCACGCACACAACUCAUCAUCAACGACCGUGUACACACACAACUCGCUGUGUGUUUCGUGAUUCACGACCGCCCACUUUUUUUUUCUCGUUGAAUUACUUUUUUUUUUCUUCUUCUUCUCGCCAGUUGGUCGGUGUCUGAUGAUUGUUGUUUGCGUGGCAGUGUUGGUUUUUUCUCCUCGUUCACUUGUUUAAUUUUGUUGUAUUUUUUUUUUUGGCCGCUGUUGGCGUUAUCGUUCCUGGGCAAUUAUCGCGUUGAAAAUUGUGUUGAUGACCGGAUCGUGUGUUUGUGUGUUUUCCACCGAAAAAAAAAAAGUUGGAUGCGAACGGGUGAAAGUUUUGUGGAAAUGCGACGACCCAAUGGCUCUUUGGGCCGCAUCCCUUCACCUUGUUAUUCGCCAGAGAGCUGCUGUUGCACCAGCAACAAACGGCUGAUGCUCCUCUUGUCCAUUGUCGUGUGAAAUUCAAUAGCCGUGUAAAGAGUGGAGCCAGGCCAAAGCUGUUUGGGUCCUUUUCAUACGCGCCCCCCUGUUAUUUCAGUAGUUUUUUUGUACGUUUUUUUAAAGCCCAGGCCCUUAUUCUCUAUCUUUAGCAACGGUGCAGAUGGCAGUUUAAUGUGACCGGCUAGAUCCCUAUCCGAUAUUUAUAAAGAUAAUCUCUAGGAAAAAAAAAAACUCUCGACAAUAACAGAAAAAUAGACCCCCCCUCUGAAAAAAACAGACACAAAAGAAUUAAAUGUAAAUGACGUGGAGGAAAUAAAAAGAAAAAAUACUGACAAAAGGACAAACCACCCACGGAAGAAAAAGAUCUUGAUGUGAUAAAUCGACGUCAUAAUUCACGUUCAAAAAAAAAAAAAAAUUUUGAAAAAAAAAAGAUAAGUCUAGACAACAAGAAGACAUUCCAAAGUGCUUCCUAGGCAGCAUCAGCGCAUUGAAAAGGAAGAAAAGGCGCACAUUUUUUUUCCGCCCAACAUUCUUAAAGCCUUUUUUUUUUUCGUUCUUACGAGUCAUAUUGCGAGUGCCGUGCGCAAGAGUGGGAAAUCAUUUCUGAGAACAAUUCGAGAAAAAAAAAAAGGAUAUGGCCGCUAUGAAGAGGAAACGAUCCGCAAAAAGUAACAACGGCCAUCAUCUGGGCGUCGUUGAAGCAGUCCGGAAUUGUUAUUUACUAUGCUGGUUGGCCAUUGGAGUCACACUGUGCGACGCCAGUUUCCAUUAUGAAGCGCCGUCAGAUUGCCAAUGGACGUUGAUGAAUUCGUCAAUGUCUUUAUCGAAUUCAAUGUCGUCGAGCGGUGGAACAGGCGCCGGAUCGACGGGUCAUUCGGCUCUGCCAAUAGCCGGCCUCGGUCCUAACGACGUGGCACUCCAUUGCCGACUGCGUACCAUCAACAGUCAAUUCGAUCAGACCAAUUUCUCUGUGGUACCGCGUGAACACACCGCUUCACUCACGAUCGAAUGCAGCGAUUCGCUGCUCUACCAAAGCUUCCUGCAUCCGCACAGCUUCGGCCAUUUGCACCAUCUGCGCCAGCUCACCAUCGAUUAUUGCAAACUCGGCCAGCUCGCCAGAGGAGUCUUUCACGGCCUUCGGGACCUUCGUUCGUUGGCCAUUCGAUCGCACAACGACGUUUGGCCGGCCAUGAACUUGGACUUGAACCGCGAUAGUUUGGCUCACGAUGUCGGCCAAUUGGAACGGCUGGAUCUCAGCCGGAACAAUAUCCUCACCUUCCGCCGUCAGCUCUUUUGCGAUUUGACCAGUCUCCAAUUCCUCAACGUCAGCCAUAAUCGAUUGGCCGACCUUAACGAUUUGGGAUUGAAUUUUGAAACAAUCGAUUCGGACGAAAGGGCGUCUUCUCCUACUCCGCCCAGCUCGACAGUGGCACCCGGAUAUUGCCCAACUCCGUUGACGACAGUGGACGCCUCGUACAAUCAGCUGACGGCGCUGACAAGCCGCGGAGUGGCAGCCCUGCGCCAUUUGCGGAUCCUUAAACUCGACCACAAUAAAAUCCAGCAUCUGGAUGACGGCGCGUUGGGACCGCUGGAACAACUAGAGCAACUGGACCUGUCCGUCAAUCAAGUCGAGAGGAUACCCCAAAUAUUUCUGACGUCAACGGUCGCAUUGAAGGAGCUCAAUUUGAGCAACAACACGUUGUCCGUGCUCCCCGCUGGCGCAUUAUCAUCGCAGAGACAUUUGGAAGUGUUGCAAUUGUCCUGGAAUCGACUCACUUUGUCGAACGGAAGCCUAUUCGACAACCUGGUGCGUUUGGUCGUGCUGGAUUUAUCGCACAAUCAAAUUGGCCGCAUCCGCCGCCCGCUCUUCAAGGACCUGUACAGUUUGCAAGUUCUGAAAUUAGAUUCGAACGCCAUCGAGGCCGUAGAGGCGGGCUCGUUCGCUUCGCUGAGCAAUUUGCAUACGCUCGACUUGUCGGAUAAUAAAUUAGCCUUCAUCGAGAGCCAUUAUUUCAACGGUUUAUUGGUGUUAAAUCAGUUGAAACUCAACGCAAAUUCACUGGUCGGAUUGGAUGGGGAAACGUUCCGCAAUUGUUCCAAUCUGGAAGAGCUCUACCUGCAAGAUAAUCGACUGGAACGUUUGCCUUCCAGCUUCAAGACGCUGACUCUUUUGAAAACGCUGGACCUGUCGCACAAUCGGAUCAGGUUCAUCAACGCCACUUCGCUGAGGGGGCUCAAAAAUUUGCAUCAUCUCAGACUAUCGGGUAACCAAAUCAAGACGAUCCGGCAGGCUUCCCUUCCGCCGUUGGGAUUGCUCAAAACGCUCGACCUGUCGCACUCGUCGCUCCAGACGGUCGAGCGGAGCGCCCUGGACGGGCUCACCGGCCUGGAAACGCUUUAUCUCAACGGCAACAAUUUGAGCAGUCUGGAACACGUCGUCCAGAACCUGCCGCACUUGACGCGGCUCAACGUGUCCGACAACGACUUGCGCUGGUUCGACUACGCCCUCCUACCGACCGGGCUCCAAUGGCUGGACAUGCACAAGAACCAGAUCGAGGAGCUGGGCAACUACCUGCGCCUGGAGAGUCACCUCAAGUUGGAAACGCUCGACGCCAGUUAUAACCGAAUCGCCUCCAUCGGAGCGGCCUCUUUACCGCACGGAUUGCGUGUGGCCACGCUCAGCGACAACCAAAUCAGCGUCGUCGAGCCCAACACGUUCGCCGACAAGGCCAACUUAUCGCGUGUCGAUCUCUACGGCAAUCAACUGGUCACGUUGAACCUGAACGCCCUGCGGCUUAGCCCGGACGUCCAAGUCUUGCCCGAAUUCUACCUGGGCGGCAAUCCAUUCCAAUGUGAUUGCGACAUGGAAUGGCUGCAGCGUAUCAACGCCCUCAACAAUGCCGGGCAGUACCCUCGCGCCAUGGAUUUAGAUUCCAUAUAUUGUCGGCUCUCGUACGGACGCGGAUCGCGCUCCGUGACGCCAUUGGUGGAAGCCACAUCGUCGGAUUUCCUCUGUCCGUACCGGACCCACUGUUUUGCUCUGUGCCACUGCUGCGAUUUCGACGCCUGCGACUGCGAAAUGACGUGUCCGACCAACUGUUCUUGCUAUCACGACCAGUCGUGGUCCACUAACGUCGUCGAUUGUUCCGGCGGAUCCGGAGAUCUCCUGACCGACAUCCCGUCCAGGAUCCCCAUGGAUGCGACUGACGUCUACCUGGACGGCAACAAUCUCGGCCAGCUCAUCAAUCACGCUUUCAUCGGUAAGAAGAACCUGAGGACGCUGUUGCUCAACAACUCGGCCGUCGUUUCCCUGCACAACCACACGUUCAGCGGCUUGAAACGACUUUUGGUCCUUCAUCUGGACCGUAACGAGUUGACCGAGCUGUCCGGCUACGAGUUUGAACCGUUGGAGAACUUGAGGGAGCUCUACGUGCAAAACAACAAGAUCGCCACCAUCCACGCCAAGACAUUUAGCCACUUGAGAAGUUUGCAGGUGUUGGAUGUGAGUGGCAACCAGCUGGUGCGCUACGAUGCUGGCCAGCUGUUGACGGCCAACCCUUACCUGCGAACGUUGUGGCUGGCCGACAAUCCGUGGUCGUGUCAAUGCGAUUUCGUCCGUCCUCUGCGCGACUGGUUCCAGUCGACAAGAGCCCAAAUCGACGACCAGGACGCCGUCAGCUGUUCGCCGCUCGGAUUACAGAUCCUGGUAGCUAACGAAAGUUGUCCCACUUCGGACGGAUCGUCCGUCUUGUUGAGCCCUUACCACCCAGCCGAUUGGUGGCUAUUAAUGGCCGCUACCUUCUCGUUGGCGGUGGUUAUCCUAUCGGCGGGCAUUUGCCUGUGCUGCUGUCGCCGCCAAUUACGGCUGUUGCUCUUCAGCCAAUGCGGAGUGCGGAUGUGUUAUAAUCACGACGAAGAAUCAGCUGAUAGUAAGCCGUUCGAUGCUCUGGUUAUCUACAGCGCCAAGGACGACGUCCUCCUCAAAGACACUCUGGUUAAGCUGGAACGCAAGACGUACCAGUUGUGCCUGCAGCACCGGAUUGCGGAUCACGAUCAAGAUUUGAGCGCCGCGGCGUCUGCUAGCCGCCGGCUCCUCAUCCUGCUGACCAAGAGCUUCGUGGAGACGGAAUGGGGCAAGGCCAGCGUCCGCGCACUCCUACGAUCGACUUGGCAACCGGCAGCGGGAGCCGUGGGGGUCCGUUCUAGACGCGACCGCGUCAUCAUUUUACUGCCGGAACCGCAUAUCGUCCGCGAGAUCGACGCCGACCUGGACCUGCAUCUGCUCUUGAAGCACAGUCAAGUCGUUGAAUGGAACCGUCGAUUCUGCUGGAGUCGGCUUUUGUUAGCUCUGCCUCCGCCGAGAGGAGUCCUAGCCCCGGCCGAUUGCCAUCAGGCGGCCAUCAGUCAUCCGCAGCAGUCGGCCAUGCCAUCGGCCUAUUCCGGCAUCAUGCUGUCGGGUAAUAAUGCGAACGGUACUGGUGUUGGCUGCACGACGACCACCAGCAACUACGCCACGGGUGCAACUGCUUCUGCCAGGCACCAUCACAAGCUCAUCCAUCAGCGCCAACUGCCCACUGUUCCGGAAACGAUCUGAUGAGUCAGUCCUCCUCCUUUUUUUUUUGGGAAGGGGUGGGUGCUUGUUCCUCCUUUCUUAUUCAGCCAAUGAUGUAUCGCGUUUCCUUACCCAGCUUUUUCUAUCCAUUAUGAUAUACACUCAUCAUUUUUUUUUCUUUCUUUAUUCUUUAUCUUUCCGGAUGGACUUUUUUUGGCCCCUCCGUAUAUUAGAGACUAUGUUGUGCUUGGCCAACUCCUUAACGAUCUACCUAGCCGUCUUUUAAUUUAAACGAGCCCCAAUCAUUGUUGCAUUUAAGCUGCGCAUCAUUUGAUGAUCUUUAAAAACAAAAACCCGAUUGGAGACAGCGAAGAGGAAAUAAAAUGUACAUUGUAAGAUACAUCGAAAAACACGGCCGCAAUUUCACUUCAAAAUAAGGGAGGGUGAUGGAUUAAAGCGUCGAUCAUUCAAGCGGAUGUAAAACAUUUCAAGCGAACCAGAUCUAUUAUGGGCGAUAGGGAUAAGAGAGAGAGGGGGGAGAUUUGAAUUUUCCUUUAAAAGAAUCCCGAGGCAGCUGCCUGAACUGUCUAGUCGGAUCGAAUGUCUCUACUUUAUUUUCUAAACUAUUACAUUUCUCUUUAAAAAAAAUAUUACAUAAUAGCGCUAUGGACAAGGUGGCGACAACCUACCCACGUUUAUUCAAUAGAUAACGUUUUCUGUAUAUCUUCACAUCAAGAACGAGCAACUCUAGCAGCUUGCGUUUAAAAAGAGCAGCAGGGCUGCACAUCAGAUACGGUUUUUCACCCUCCUUUUUUUAUGAUACACAAAUUUAAGCUCCCUCCAUUUUUUUUUUUGAAUCAAAAUCUUUUUUAAUUCGUGGACGGAACCCAUCGAUAUCAAAACCGUUUACAUCUCUUUUAAUAUUCCCCCCUCCACACGGUUCUUUUGUGUCUGAAAGAUUCUUUUUUUUUUAAAUGGGGAAUAUAUUUCCUCGUUUUUUGAUUGAAUCGACAGUUCGUCCCCAUCGUCGAUCAAUACAAUUGUCGCUCUGUUUUUACGAGAGGCCUAUAUAACCGAAAGCCACUACACACAUUCAUAUAAGCCACAUAAGGGGUUACAACUGCUGGCUUGUGCGGUCUAUUAAUGCAUCUGUAUAAGAAACUGGGUGUGUUGUGUAUAUUAUAUAUAUAUAUCUGUUUGAAUAUUCGUCUAGAGCUGGACCCCCUUGUACGACCCUUCUCGGUCGACCGUGCAAAAGAGAAAUCGAUUGUCCGGGAGCGGAGCAGUAGAAGAGAUGGGGAGGGGAGGAGAAACUGCAUGAAAGGAGAAGGGGGGAGAACAUUUGUGAUGGCCAAAGGCGCGUGCACAGUUUUUUUUUUUUCUUCGAGUCAGUAGGGUCUGUCAAGCUAAUCAGUCCCGACUCUCUCUUUUGAGAAACUAACAUCCGCUGGUUCCUUCUUCUUUUUUCUCCCCCUUGCUUUUCUUAAGUAUAGAAUUACAGCAGCAAGAUUCAUCUCUAUAAAAUAUAAAGACAGACUUUCUGGCGGAAGGUUGGGUUCCCGUUGUUGAACUUGCGCAAGAAAUCGAACUGCCAGUGCCUUGUCAGUAGUUGUGUAUUACACGUCUGGAAUAUUUAAGAAAAA